CCACUUUCAUUCUCAGGGGUUUCUCAGGAAGAAUUCCCGUCUUUUUGUUAAGUACAACCCAUGUUAAAGGUUCAAGGGCUCAGUAGUGCAGAUAGAUAACAAAAAUGGUUUGACUGCAGCAACAACUGCUGCAACAAUCUUUCAUAAACUAUCCAGUAUGUCUUUUCACAUGAACUGAGGAAUGUCGUCGGGUCACUUGCCACGGGGUGGUGGUUCAGACAGACGGGCUGAAGUGAUUGUUUCAGUGCAGUCAGAGUCAUUUCCUUACCAAAGCAGUUAUGGUUUCAACCGUCGCGUCCAGUCUCGUGUGUAUUUUGUGUGCCACCCGGCUCCCGGCUGUAUGGGCCGAUGACUGCAGCAGCUACUGGGACGGCGGUGGUUUGUACCAUGAUACGCGGCCAUGUGGCACGUGGUACUGCUGUGGAGACUGCAACAAGAAAUACUGCUGCUUUGGACAGAAUAAACGUCUCACCCAAGAAAAACAAGAAGGCUGUGUUGUGAGGUCGGGCAAAGUGAAAAACGUCCUAGUUCCUUAUAUUGUGGGAGGCAUCUUUGCAUGUGUCUUUCCCAUUGUCCUCUGCGUGGGUCUUAUCAUCUGCUUUGUGUGUCCCUGCUGCGUGGUUUACAAGAAGUGUCGAAGAAGACGCAACCAACAAGUUGCGAUAAACACAACCACUGUAAUCAACGCGCCCCAGCAGCCACUCUCGCCUCAGCCGUCCCACCCAGGCUACCAGCCUGUGCCUGUCCUGCACGGAUACGGAGGCCAACCCACACCCACAGCACCACCACACUCGUACCCGGAAGCGACUGAUCCAGCUCACUGUCCAUUUCCAUUCCCUCUGGGGCAGCAGAUGAACCCCCUCCAGACUCCCGGCCAGUCCUGUCUCCCACCAACAUAUUCAGAACUCGAACAGCCGCCCUACAACCCAUCAUAUGGCCCAAACCCCUGAACCCGGGCAGCUUACCAGAUACAAAACACUGUGAGAGGAAUUUUAAUAUAUCUGGUGAAAACUACAGUUUUAUCGUAAUGUGUCCAUUAUUUUUUCGGGAUUAAUGCAGUUUAAACUGUCUUGUGCCAAUGCACCUGUUGAAAAUAUGAGGAAAUACUAUUAAAAAUAACGUGCUGUUUAACAGCGAUAUGUAUGAAGUUAUCUAUAGUCCGAAAUAAGUAGAAAAGUGUUUUUAAUUGUGCAGUGUUGUUUUUCCUGCGGAUGAUAAUGACGCAUCGUAUGUUUGGCCGUUUUUUUCGUCAGCUGGCAAUUCAUGUAUUCAUUUUACUCGACCCUUAUGUACAAAGUCACAUUUUGACAUCACUUUCGAACAGCGCUGUCAAUAUGCUUAUACAGUGAUUUGCUCAUAUAAGUUUAGACUCUCUCAGUUUACCUACAAGUCCAAAUUACUUUUUCAAUGAACUCCGACUGCCACUAGAGGUCGCCUCCACCCCACUUCUGAAAAUAAAAGGGAAGCGGUGGAACUGCUGGUGCUACACUAUUGCAGAUUGUUUUAAGUGCUAAAUCAAUAAAUCUGUGAUACUCACAAAA